UUAUGCUUUUGUAUAUUUUUUGUGAAGUGAUAUCAUAAUUUUUUUGUUUUUUAAGUUUCUCAUUUUUGUUGGUUAAUCUAAAUGCAAUUCCCCUUUCAGAUACAUGUAAUCGACCACCAGUUCACUGGUUAACGAAUUUUUUUUUCAAGAGGAGAGGCAUGUCUACCAGUGGUAUUUAGCUCCAUUGAUUUUUAGAAAGGGAUAGCGAAUUUUUACGUGCACAUGCGUUGAUCGACCUCGAUGUGUACACACGUCGUUCCAUGCGGAUGCAUUCAUAUGAAACACGUACAGUUCGCCGAAAGGUGACCCGGAAACUGUUUGUGCCACGUUGAUGAGGUUUUACGAACUUUGUGGUCAGGUACGGGGUGGUGAGCCAAAGUUGGCUGUCGUCGUCUUGCAAUUCAUGUUGUGGCUGAAAUUUGUCGAUUACGGCGUCGGGAAAACUGCGUACUAAUCGUUGUAAAUUCGUUGUCACCAACGCUGAAGCAUGGCUGAAGCACGCAGUGCUGUCAAGGAGCCAAGAGUAGAUGUGCUGUACUUUGAGGAGGGCCAGGAGGAUGAGUGGAAGGUUGCAUUGAAGGCGCUACGCAGGAGCUGUGUACGGAGGUUCUAUCGCACUCGGAAUCUUAUUUGGAAUGGUCUAUGGCCAACAUCUUCAUGGAACCUGCUCACAUCAGUGGCUGUCGUAUCACUUCUCAUGAUCACUGAAUUUGAGUUUUGCGAGCCACUCAAUGACAAGUUUUGGACUCUUGGCGAGUACGUGUACAUUAGUAGAGGGCCCCCCUACUUCUACCUGAAGGUCCUGAUUGUCUCCCUCCUAGUCGGUGUUUGUUUCUUCAUCGCACUGCUCCACGUCAGGCGCUACCUGCUCCGCAUCUUGCUAGCUUAUAAGGGAUGGCUACACGAGACUCCCAGGAACCAGUCGUGGAGCACGCUGGCCUGGGGGGCCUGCGUGCGCAUCAUCUGCGGCCAGACCCUGAGUGCACUGGUGCCGGCCCUGAGCCCCGGCACCUACAGCUUCCAGCUCAGCCUGCCCCGCAUGCCGGUGCCUUCAUUGGAUGACACCAUCCGACAGUUCCUUGAGUCCAUGAGGCCACUUCUGGACAAGGAAGAAUUUGAGACGUUGCAGAAACAAGCUAAGCAUUUCAAAAAAACUGUCGGUCCCAAGUUGCAGCGGUUGUUGUACCUGAAGUCCUGGUGGGCGUCCAACUACAUCACAGACUGGUGGGAGAAGUACAUCUAUCUGAUGAACCGUUCACCCAUCGCUAUCAAUAGCAGUUACUAUUGCCUGGGCAAUAGCUUCUGGAAACCCACCCAUGUCCAGUCUGCGAGAGCUGCCGCCAAGAGCUAUGCCAUCAUGUCCUUCAAGCGUAAAAUAGAAAGAGAGCAAGUGCCCCCUCUUGUAAUCCGCAACACUAUCCCGAUCUGCAUGCAGCAGUAUGAACGGCUGUUUGCCACCGUCAGAAUACCAGGUGAAGACUUUGACGAGCUUGUUCACUAUGAUUCCUCCGUUUCUAAGCACAUCGUCGUGCUACGCCGAGGCUUUUUCUACAAGUUGGAUAUGUUUGACUCCAUAGGCCAGCCUCUCUCCCCUCUGACCCUGGAGCAGCAGUUCAUCUGGAUCAUGGAAGAUGCCGACAAGAAAGGAGCUGAAGGUAAGGGAUCAGCCGCUGGUUCUCUGGGUGCUUUCACAGCUCUGGAGAGGUCGGACUGGUUCCGUAAGCGCAGCAAGUACCUGUCAUCGGGCGUCAAUCGGGAGUCCCUGGAGGUCAUCGACAAGGCAGCGUUCCUGGUGAUGCUGGAGACCUGCGAGUUUGACAACCUGAGCGACCGGGGCAAAUUCCUUCUCCACGGCUCAGGCUCCUCCCACUGGUUUGACAAGAGCCUGUCCAUGUUCAUCUUCACGGACGGCAAGUUUGGCUACAACGUGGAACAUUCGUGGGGAGAUGCCCCCGUGGUGGCCCAUCUGCAGGAGUACGCGUGCACUGAUGAGGUUGCAGAGGGGCGAUAUGGCCCAGACGGUCAUUGUGUCCCCAUGGAAGGGUUUGUCCAGGCAGCCAUCAAGGCCCCGGUCCCCCUCGAAUGGGACAUCAGUGAGGAGAUGAGCAGAGACAUCCGUGAUGCCCUCAGCUUUGCAAUCAAAAACAAUGAUGAUCUGGAUCUGUGUGUGUUGAAUCACGAUGCAUACGGCAAAGGCUUUGUCAAGAAAUGCAAAUUGAGUCCGGAUGCCUAUGUGCAACUUGCUCUCCAGCUUGCCUACUACAUGGAUGAGGGUAAGUUUGCCCUGACCUACGAGGCCUCCAUGACGCGCCUGUACCUGGCCGGCAGAACCGAAACCGUGCGGCCACUCACCCAGGACUCCUGUAACUUUGUGCGAGCAAUGAUGGAAGACAAUCGCUCGGCCGAAGAGAAGAUCCGCCUGCUCCGCAAGGCAUCGGACAUGCACACCAAGCUGUACAAGGGCUGCAUGAGUGGCAAAGGAUGGGACAGACACCUGUUCGCUCUCUACGUGGCCUGCAAGGGCCUGAAAUACGACAGCGAGUUCCUGCACCAUGCACUGACUCACCCCUGGACCUUAUCCACCAGCCAGACGCCUCAGCAACAAAUCGCCGGUAAUCAAUCAAUCAACACAGUGGAGCACAGAGACAAGGCUAGCCCUGGUGGUGGCUUUGGGCCAGUGUCGGACGAGGGGUACGGCGUGUGCUACAUGCUGCCCGAGGACAGUCGCUUCUUCUUCCACGUCUCCUCCAAACACUCCUGCCCCUUGACCAACUCCAAGCGCUUCAUGAGCAACAUCUUCAAGGCCCUGGCUGACAUGAAGAAGAUCUUCGACGACGCGGAUGAGGCAGCGGAGGCUGCCAAGAAGAAACUCUAGGGAGGGGGGUGGGCGUGGUUCCCGCUCGUCAUUGACACAUUGCCAGUGACUUCCCAGUGGUGCUGACUUGGAUGUGAGUUGCCAAUUGUGGUUUCUCUUCCUGUUGUGUGCACACAUUUAAGAAAAAAACAACUGAUUUUGGAUACUGUUCCCUUAAAACUGGAACUUCAACUUUUUUGCAAAAGUUCUCAUUCCCCACCUGGAGCUGUUAGUGGCUCAGUAAUUUGUACCCUAAACCAGAAAGUGAUCAGCUACUAAAUACGGUCCUCUGCGUGGGCCUGCUAAAUGCACUGGUAGGGUCAGGGUUUUUAUCAUUUUAAUGUAAAUAUUAAGAACAAAUUGGUUAAUCCAUUACAGUGGAACGCCGCUAUAAUAAACACGACAGGGUCCAUGCUAAAUGUUCAGCACAGCAGUCAUUCGGUAUAGCGAAAUUAAUUGCCGAACGUUUCAUUGCCAUGAUGAAUAGCACCUUCUCUUGUCUAACUGAAGUGCACCCUCUUGUGAUACUAUGAUUCAUUGUUUUCAUGAUGUUUUGCAGUUGCAUUCACAUUUGAGGUUUCUAGAAAUGUAUCUGUUAAUUAUUUUUCUUUUUAUUAAAUCUCGAGUUACAACAUUGAUGUUCAGUUUAUCCUAAAAGUCGUGAAGUUACUACUCAGGGUCGAUCUCUGAUGCAUGCUGUGGCGAAUCUCUGUUGAUUUGCAACUACAUAAUGUUCGGUAGGUUUUGUGCACAAAAUAUUGGGAGCCAAGGACUAUGUUCAGUACAGCCAAAUGUACGAUGUUGCGACGUUCCACUGUACCAUUUCUAGUUGCUGCUUAGUAUUGAUGCUUUCAGGACCAUAUGAGCGGUGUGUGUGUUCCAGUAUUACAUAUAACGACAAGAAGCAUUACAAUGCAUUUAAUGGAAAGGGUCACUCAGUUGACCCUCAGUUCCUGUAAUUAGAACUCUGAACAUUGACACCUCUUUAAACAGGGGUAAAACUUAAGAGGGUUGUUCUUAUUUUUGAAACGUGAUUUCAGCCGUGUACAUGUACAUGUAUUUGCAUUCGGGCAAAAGAUGUGAGUUUGAUAGUUGUUUCUUGCCGAACUAAGGCAGAGGUUGAGAGAAUCGUUCUGUAGUGUGUGUAGUUUGGAGGUGAUUUCCUGUGUCACGCAAGUACGUGAAUUCCAAUCUGUGUUUCAGCUUUAAACUCUGCCCAUAUUUUUAGUAUUAUAAAAUGUGAAGUGUUGGUUACCUCUUCCUAAUUUGAAAGGCUGCGGGUAAUCUGUUUGUUGUGCAUUCCGAGUUAGGGCUAGCAUGUAAAUACAAAUGUAAAUACGAGUGCAAGUCUGCAAAGUUCGGCAAAUAUUCACAGCAGUGAACACAGAUGUAGCGUAUGUUGCUGUGAAUGUGUUUUAUAUUGGCUUUCAUAUGAAUCAUGUGAAGACCUUUGCAUAUGCACAUGCGCUCUUUGAGAAGCCCCACACCAUUUCAUUCUGUCAUGGGCACACUAACCCUAACCCUGCCGGACAUACUAGCCAUGUUCAAAACGGGCUUCCAGAGCUACGGCUAGGUCUAUUGUCUACGCGUCUCCACACAUUUCCAAUGGAGUGAAGACCUAGACCUAGUUGUAGACAACAGAUUUGGAUGCAGCCGUAGCAUAGUGCAGAAGAUGUAAAGUUCUGGUGAUCAUUGUUUGGUCCGGCAAUCAACAGCAGCCCGGAAAAAGACUGCCCAUGUUGAGACAGUGUGAGAUGGUGCCCUUGACCUGUGCCCGCUGUUUGGAUUCCACAGACUCCCAGGCCAUUUGGCAUUGAAGAUAGUCAACAUGUUGGAUCUUGUUACAGUGGGCAGGCAAGUCACUCUGACAUAAAAGGCAAGCAUAUUUUGUAUUGAUGCUUGGAUUUUAUGUUUUAAGACAGAUUUUAGAGGAGGACAGGGAAAAAAAAUAUUUUCUAUGGUCUUAAGAAAAACAAAUAAGGGUCUUCAAGUUGGAGGGAAGGAUUAAACCCCCCCCCCCAAGAAAAGAAAAAAGAGGUAUCCCUUACUACCAGUGCUAACUGCUGAGGACCAAAGCUCAUAAAAUUGAAAUUGGGGACUUCAUGUCGGUUGGAUAGCAGAGCAACAGUUUAUGUCUGUUGCUGUUCUUAAGUGCAAAAUUUACUUUAAUGUUAAACAAUGCAAGUUGCUCAUGCCAAUGAACAUUUUUCCCCAAGCAAUAUGUAUAUUUUCCCCCACAGAUUCAAUACCACAUAUCUUGUGUUAGACAUUUGUUUACCCAGGUCCUGAAUAUGUUAUAUACAUGUGCAUGUCUGUGUUCUGUUUGUUACAUUGUACUACGUAUGUGCCAAGGCAAUGCAAGUACCAUACUCACUACAAUACUUUGAGGUUAAUGCCAGUGUGGUUUCAUUGUAAAAAAAACCCAAAAAAAACAGUUGCCAAGCAAUGCAAAGAGGUCGUGUACAACUAAUUACUGUUAUAUUUUUAUGAUUGAAAAUAGGGCUGUAUUUAAAGUAUUAAGUUCAAGGGUCGCAAACGUUAUCUCCUGGACUAUCUAGAAUGGAAGAACAGAGGCUUGUAAAAAGUUUUUGCCGUAGUGAAAUAGUGGAAUUUGGCUUGAUGGUGGUCUGCCAUGUCCCGAGUGCUCUUCGCUUGGUCUAGUUCCCUGUGUACCAGCAUGGUGUGCUGUGGAUGUAUUAAAAGCAUUACAGUGUGGAUACCUUUGGACGGUCAGUUGUCUGCUAAGGUAUGUUCAUGUUUCCUACGUGUCAGGCUGGAAGAUAAAGGGAGCCCCUGAGGCAAUUUGUACUUGAUCAGUCAACCUUCCAAAAUGUCAAAGCGAAAGUACUUUUUCUGAUUGGUUUGCAGACUGCCACACACUGACACAGAUGGCAAUGUCCUUGGUUAACCUUGAAAAUGUACAGUUUUACAUGCCUUGUGGUCUUUAGUAUAACAAGACUCUUGAACAAGGUUCAGUACAUGUACAUCACAGUUACUAAUUUGGCUGGAAGAAAAAGGCUGGCAUCAUUUGUCUCCAUUUAGGGACAUUAGAAGUGGAUCCAGGAAUUUCUUUGGGGGGAGGGGUUCAAGCCAGAGGUUUUAUUUUGUGUCUCCUUUUUGCAGACAAUAGUUUGCUGUUUGUAACACGCGCCUUGUACUCAUAAGAAGAAUCUCCAGGAUGCUACCAGUAUCUUGUUUUAAAUUUUUUUUUUUUUUCCCAAAUUUUUUACCCUUUUUUUUUUGGUCUCAGGGAAAGGGGCAUUCCCCCCCCCCGGAUCUGUGCCUGGACAGUUGAAAUAAGUUUAAUAUUGUUGUUUGUAAUGUAUUGUUGAAGUUGACCCUAAAAGUUAACUUACCAGGAGACCCAUAUGUUCAUUAUAAAGAACUCUUUAAAAACAAUGUAAGAAGGAACUCUCAGUUUAUGUUGUUUUGUGUUUGCAAUCACAGCAUUGGUUAAAAUUGUAAUAUAGAAAACAGUAACAUAGAUUCCAGAUGUAUAUUCAGAAUUUUGUUAAUAGCAAAGUGGUAAUAAAUUGUACUAGCUCUAAAGAACAACUUCACUUGUUGGAGAAAUCCCACUUUCUUCCCUCCCCACUGUUUCCCUAACUCUUCCCAAAUCAUGACUACUACCACCACCCACCCCCAUCUUUCUACACUCAAAAGAUUUGUAUUGUAGUGAACCAUUGUCACCUGGGGUGGAACUCGUUAUGAUGAUGACUGACAUGGGACAUGCCCCUAUCAUGUUUUCUCACAUCGGUUUAUGCACAGAGCGCUGUUAAAGAACAAGACAUGUAUUUCGUCCGGCUCUUCCUGUUCCUAUGAAAAAAGGGACACCUUUUUAAUGUGCCAUGAUGCCACUUAUCUGUUGUAAGUGUGCCAUUGCAGUGAGAAGAAAUAAAAUAAGAUCAAGCUUGCAUGGUGCAUAUGAAGUCUGUGCUUGCAUUCAAGGCAUCAAGAUUGGCUUGAAUAACAGUAGAAUUGUCGAUAGAAUAGAAUGCCAUUAAAAGUAAUGUGUACCUCAGAUGAGUACACAAUGCAAUUUCUCGUCUUUUAAUAAAAUAGAAUUAUGUAAUACUCUAUCUGAAAUGCAGGUAAACCAGUGGCUAACCCAAUAGUUUAAUUAAUGAGUAUUCAGUUGUUUUUCUCCUUUUCUUGUCAUUGUCUUAUUUGUUUACCUCUUGUUCUUAUCGUUUCCUAUUGUUUAUAUUAAAACUAAGGCAAUCUUAAGUCAUUAGUUCGUAAUAUAAAAUGCAGUGGUAAAUCAUUCGUGUUUUGCUUUUUCUUGUAGAAACGACAAACAACAUCUCAUUUUUACUGUUAAAACAAAAUACUGUACAUGCCUUUGGUGCGGCUGCUUUCAAGUUUGAAUCUUUUACUCACAUAACAGUGCUCUGUACAUGUACCUUAGUGAAGGUUUUGAAUGUCUCACGUUGUACCUAGUUUGUAGUGCUUGUAAGUAAAGCUUGUCCAGGUCCACUACCAUGUAAAUAAUUCCUUGGAUUUUCACAACUGUCAUGUUCAGAAUUGUCUCCAGUGUUGCAAUUGUGACCAUGUGCAUUUUAUUUUUAAGGGCAUAAUAGUGUAUAUGAAUUCUACAUGUCAAAAUGUACACAGGUUUUACACACUUUAUAUCGAUUGCUUUGAGGAAGUGAACUGCAUUAAUUCAAAACAUUCAGCUGUACCAAUGAGAAUACAGAUUCUCGGAACUUGCCAGCAUUUCAGGCUUUUUGCAUGUUUUGUUUGCUUCAGCAGAGGACAUUUUUGAAAAAGGAUUUUUGUUUGCCUUUUCUGAAAUCGUUUCUCUUCAUGUAUUUGUAAUCCACAUCUGAAGUCACCACAGAGACAAAAACUGUGAUUUUAAACAAAUUGCAAGGAGUAGCCGCUGUCACUUCAGCAUUAUGUGACACUUUAACAAUUUAAAUGCAUAAAUAUUGUGCACAAAAUGUCUCUAAAAUAUUGCAACUUAAUCCAAACCCCACUAUGAGGACUUCUUACAUAAGUGCAGAGUGAUGCUCAUAAAGAUUGCAAAGGUUUGUGCAGAUUCAGGUGCAUAUAUGAAUGUAAUGCCUUUUUUGUUUUAUUGAGUUUUUACCUUUCACUUAUGUUUAUGUACGACAGCUUUUUUUAUUAAGGCAAAAAGCUGAAGUCACUCAAAAGUAUUAGUUUAGUGUGAUUUGUUUUUACUCCUUAAAUGUCAGAGGAAACCAAAAAUUUUAACAUCAGGUUUCCUGAGCAUGCUGUUGGGAAAAUGUAAUUUCGACCUCACUCCAUGUGGCCAUAACUUACCCACAGCAUGCCACGCCAUCCUCACCAAGUUGUUGACUUAUUAGUUGGUCUUGACUUGUUUGGGACUAAAGUUCCUUCUUGCUUACAUUUAUCACAGACUGAUGUCUUGCAGCAGACAUGGGGGUAAUAGGGUCAAGUGGAUUUCACAAGUGAGUGGGUCAGUGUGUUUCUAUUUAAUGAAUUAUGGUGGAUUUGGGGAUGUUUUUCUUGGGAGCUUGAGUUUCAGAUUGAUAUUCAAUGUGAAUUGUGUUUUAAGAAUAAUAAAAAUGAGUGAAGGAG